AUGGCUGCAACACACCGUGCACCGAAGCAGUGGUGCCUCUCCAAAGUGGAAUCUAUCAAUUCCUUUGAAAACUGGAAGCAAAACCUCAUUUACACUCUUUCUUUGGACAGCAACUUCGCCCCCUUCCUCGCAGAUGGAUUCACAUGGUUAAAAAAGACCAGGGGUCAGCCGCUUCGAGGUCUCCACAACGAUGGCGAAUCAGUGCCAUUAGCUCGUCGCCUGACAGCCCGCCAAAAGGUUAACUUCCUCGAACUGAUGUUAGGACAGAUCGCCAACUAUUGUCCAAUUAUCUCUCGAAAUACUCUGGUGAAAAACUCUACAUCCCUCGAGUUCAUCUGGCAAACCAUCAGACAGCACUUUGGUUUCCAAGUCACCGGGGCUCAGUUCAUUGACUUUUCCGAAAUACACCUAGCUGCUGAUGAGCGCCCCGAAGAUCUGUACCAGCGCCUCACAGCAUUCGUAGAAGAUUCAUUGCUACGUGCCAACGGCUUAACCCACAAUGGCCAAGCAGUGCAGGAGGAUGAGGAAUUAACCCCUACACUCGAAAACUUUUUGGUCCUCACUUGGUUACGCCUCAUUCACCCCAGUCUCCCACGACUGGUUAAGCAGCGUUAUGGUACAGAGUUGAGAUCCCGUACUCUUGCCUCGAUCAAACCUGAGAUCUCGCAGGCCCUCAAUUCCUUACUCGAGGAAAUCCACACGUCGGAUGAUGCCAGAAUCCUACGUGCUGCUGUUGCAGACGAUUUUCGUCGCCCUCGUCAGAGUAACAGGGGUGUUCCUAGAGCCCGUCCCAGACAACCCCGCCAAGACAAGGUCUGUCCUCUAUGUAAACAGGCUGGCCGUUCUAUGACAAACCACUUCCUCAGUCAGUGUACCUUCCUCCCCGACAGUGACAGGCGUUUCAUGGUGAAAGCACGACAGAUCGCCGGCAUCCUUGACAAUGACCAAGAAAUUGAGACCAGUCCUGAUUCUGAUUCACCAGACCCUGACACAACAUUGCCAGGCCCGGACAUGGUGGCCUACCGUGUGCAGACCCGCCAGUCCCCUUACAUGGACGUCUUUCAUGAUCAUCGAGUCGUGCGCGUCACCCUCGACAGCGGUGCAACUGGAAAUAUGAUACGCCGUUCAACCGCGAAACACCUCGGCUGUCCGAUAAUCUCAAGUGCCCAGUCCGUCCAACAGGCUGAUGGCUCGUCUCAGCUCCAGGUGAUAGGAGAAAUUCGUACCACCUUCACCCGGGACCACACAAACUUCGCGUUUGAAGGUCUCGUAGUUGAGAAUCUUGAUGUUGAGGUACUUGCCGGUACCCCCUUUAUGGAGACGAAUGACAUCGCUGUCCGACCCGCUAAGAGAGAGGUACUACUAGGCAAUGGCUCAGUCUACACGUAUGGGUCCAAAUCCCCACCUAACCCUCAUGCAACCGCACGUAGAGCAUUUGUCCUACGUGCCCCCGCUCCAUCCCAGACAGUGUGGCCUGGAGAGUUCAUGGAAGUACGUCUACCAGACGAUGCACCUUCUGACUCGGAGUACGCACUAGAGCCUCGCAUCGACGCACCCAGUGCACACAAUCUGAAGCCAUCCCAGUUGUGGCCACAACCUGGUGUCGUUUCCAGCGUUGCCCGAGCCAUACGGAUUCCUAACCUAUCAAGCGUACCCCGCACUCUCAAGCGCCACGAACACUUCUGCCAAGUCAUCCCUGUUUUUGAGCCCCCGAAGUCCCAUCAUCACCCCCACCUACUGCUCAGCGCCCGUUGCCGCCCUCCAGUACACGUUACUCUGCGUCCGUUCAGGUUGAUCCAGACAACACCCUUCCCCAAACCGUUCGUGCAGACUUUCAAUCACUACUUACAGAGUACGACACUGUAUUUGACCCGCAAUUCCCCGGAUACAAUGGAGCCGCUGGCGCAUACAAGGCCAAAGUCAACAUGGGUCCUGUCGAACCUCCUCAGCGGAAGGGUCGCCUCCCCAAUACGCACGGGAUAA